AUGGCCAUCCGGCUCCUCUUCCGAGCAGCGCUCUUCACAUUUCUCUCGCUUCUCCAGCCAAUAGCCUGUGGCCACUGUCAACAGUUCCCCAGAACCAUCUGCAGGAAACACGCUGCCUUUGUGCCUGGCCACAGCUUCAUUGGUGAGGGGGUUGACAUCACCACUCUGGAGGGAAAGGGAGCUUACGUGGUGGACACCAGCCGGUGGCAGGGACCCAACGGGACAUGCACCUUGUGCCGGAAUCCGUUGAUGGAGGGGCAGCUGCAGAAACUCCCCCUGGCUGCCGUGGACUGGCGGGUGCACAGCGACUGCCGCCGGCACAUGAGCAGCUCCAUGGAACAUUCUGAUGUGGAUGUGGCAAAUGCAGUGGCCAAGGAGGUGAAGAAUGACUGGAAAAGCCACCUGGGGUUGCAUCCAGAGGAAGGCAUUGACGAGAAGAUGGACCAACAGCUGCCCAAGGCCCAGGUGGCCUUUGCUGCUUCUCACUCCUGGAUGACCCUUUAUGCUCAUGAGAGGUCCCGGCAAGACAGCCAUGUUUUUUUCAGACAAGAGGUCUCCUGCGAAUACUACAGCCUGAGGCUUCUCCAGAGUCCCUUACUGCUAGCCUCCGACUUCUCCUGGGCUGUGGGCAACUUGCCAAGGAAGCAUGACCCUGAGGAAUACCAGCACUUCAUUGACAUCUAUGGUACCCACUAUAUCAGCCAGGUGCAGCUGGGUGGGCAAGUGAGGCACCUCAUCGCUUUGCAGACCUGUGCAAUGGCCUGGAAGGAUCUGUCAGCUGCUGACAUCAAGCAGUGCUUCAGCUGGGAAAUUUCUCUAGGAUACCAAUGGCUCUCAGGCGCCAGAUCCCUUGGUUCCAAUUGCAAAGACCUGUGGAGGGGCCAAGGCCAAGGGAAGUUUUUUAACUCUUACCACAUGCAGCACACGGACGUGAUGGGAGGAGACAAGCAGGUAGAGAUGCUGUUUUUGGAAAGCGGGGAGGUUCAGCGCUUCUCAGAGUGGAUGGAGAGCGCCAAAGCAAAGCCUGGCCUGGUCUCCUACUCGCUUCUUCCACUGCACACUCUGUUGCGUCGGAGAGACCCCAGGAGGGAUUUGCUGCGGCAAGCCAUUGUGACCCAUAUACGACAGAGGGCCCUCAUUCGGAACUGCCCCCCAGACUGCCCACACUGGAGCUCCCAAGAGCACUGUGCAUGCAUGUGUCGGGGCAGCAGUGUCACCAACAAGAAGUGCUGUGCUCGGGAGGAAGGCAUGGCCCACCUCAAGUUCCACAUUGACAAUGGAUCCAACCUGUGGGGCGACCGCUUCACAGCCACUGACGCCUACGUGAAAGUCUUCUUCCAAGGGCAGGUGCAGCAGACCAAGGUCAUUGGUAAUGACAAUGACCCCUGGUGGCAGGCAACUCUGGACUUCGGGACCGUCACACUGUCGGGCCACAACCGCUUUGCCGUGGAGCUCUGGGACAAUGACGUUUGGCAUGACGACCUGUUGCAGAGAUGCUGGGAAAAACUGGAAGCGGGAAUCAACAUCCCACGCAAAUGUCAUGCCAGUUAUGGGUAUGUUGCAUAUUCUUACUCAUUAGAGUGUGGCCGCACCAUGGGGGGGCCCACCUGUCAUGACUAUGUCCCCUUACAGCUGCCAACGUCUUAUUUCAACAAUACGACUCCUGCAAUCAGGGUUUCAUCGUUAUCCCAGUGGUUCCAUGACCGUAGGCUCUGGGGACAGGACAAAACUAGACAUUUCUAA